AUGAUACUUUUGGUUUGCAUUUAUGCCACACAAAAUUUUCAGUUCAGUGAGAUUUCCUUAUUCAUUAUUGGGGGCCGUGUGAAGUAUCCAGAUUGCCGCAAAUUGCAGCAGUGGAUAGUCAAGUACCAGAACAAUUUAAUGGUGGUCCGUUUCCAGUUUGAGAGUUAUCAGCAGCUCCAAGCCCUGAGAUUUGCCAUGGAGGAGAUUAACGAAGAUCCUGAUAUCCUUCCUAAUGUAACACUAGGCUUCCAAGCCUAUGAUUCCUGUGAUGUGCUCCACCUGGACUUAGGGAGCUCUUUGCAAGUUCUCACUGGCUCUAAUGCAGCCAUACCCAACUACCGAUGUCUUCCAGACAUACCCCUUGCUGCAAUCAUUGGACCUGCGAUCUCCACUCACUCAAUUCUUCUGGCUCAUAUUCUGGGGCUCUACAGAUAUCCUCAGAUCAGUCAUUACUCAACAAGCCAUCUACUCAGUAACCAUAGAACGUUUCCAUCCUUCUUCAGGACUGUUCCAAGUGAUGCCAACCAGUCUCUGGGUCUGGCCAAACUGGUGCUCUAUUUUGGAUGGACUUGGGUUGGUCUACUGGCUAUAGAUAAUGAUUAUGGUCAGCAAGGAAUCCAGAUGGUCAGACAAGAAAUAAUAAAGGGUGGUGCAUGUGUUGCUUUCACUGAGAACAUUCUCAUAAAUCAACCCAAUCACAAUGCUCCACACAUUGUCAAGGUCAUCAGAAAGUCAACUGUCAAGGUCAUAGUUGUCUUCUCCACGGACAUUGAACUGAUUCCAAUACUAUAUGAGAUGUGGGGGCAGAAAAUCACAAACAUAACAUUUGUUGCCAGUGAAGGGUGGGUGACAACUAGUCUACAGUCCAUCAGGGAAUUUUCAGAGCUUCUGACUGGCACACUUGGCUUUGCAUUCUACAGUGGAACUAUUCCAGGAUUUAGCAAGUUUCUGAACACAAUUCAUCCAUCUGUGCCCUUGGGAGGAGAUUGGACACAAAUAUUUUGGGAACAAGCUUUUAACUGUAAAUUUCCAGGAGAGAUAAACUCAACGGGUUUGUCUGAUAUUAGCAGCAAGGAGUGCUCAGGACAGGAGGAUCUAGAGAGCACACAAAACAGUUUUACUGAUGUCUCCAGUUUAAGAAACACAUACAAUGUCUAUGCUUCUAUCCAUGUUUUGGCCCAAUCAUUAGAUGAUCUCAAUAACUGCAAUAUGGUGGAAAAAUUAUUUUCAUCUAACCACUGCGCAGAUAUCUAUAAUUUCAAGCCCUGGCAGGUAACUCAACACUUGUAA